AUGGCUACAACGAUGCCCCAUACUGCCUUCGAGCUUUUCAACACUGGAGCCAUUCCAUCUGAAGCACUUCAGCCAACGACGAGCGCGACCAUAACGAGCCCAACGAUCACGGCCACAUUCGUCACCAAGAUCGUUUCAGCAGCAUCGAGUUCAUCGACCGCGACGCCGACGCUGACGCUGACAACUCCAGCAACUCUCAACAAUGGGACAACCUGCAUCACACUCCAACCAGGCGAAUUGGUCAUCUCACGGACGAGCUUCAUCAUCGCACUUACCCUCUGCAUCUUCAUCACCACAGCUUCGGUCAUCACUCUUCUUGCCUUCGCCUACCGCAAUUAUCGACGUCGACGAGAAACUCAACAAGCUCGAGCCUGGGGCAGAAGAUCCGUCUACAACCGCCGCAUGUCUGUCGUACGCAAAGAAGUGGACUACUUCUACAGCACAAAGCACGGCGGCUGUUUAGUCCAUGUUCCCGAGAAUCCCGAGUUAGGUAGCGAUGAAGUGGUGGAGAUCGGAGAUCGGGAGCGGCUGUUUGAGGUCCCUGCCGAGCCUGCGAAAGCUGCGCUCGUCGGGAGCCUUGACAGGGCGAAAAGGAAGAGCCGAUUGAAGAGCUUGUUCUUCGAUGAGAAAGUUGGUGUGUGGUUGUCCAAGAGCUGA